AUGCUCCCCAACUACAACAACCACUGGCAAGAAGCCAGAAAUAGAAACACUAAUCGUCAACCAAACCAAUAUCACGUACCCUACAACGGCCCUGUCUUCCAUCGACCUCUACCACCUACCAAUCGCCGACCACCAACCAACCCAUCCAGCUAUAUCCCACCCCAUCGCCGACCUACCUACAACACAGCCUACCAAUCAAGAGGUAACCAUCGACCUGACCAACAACAGAAACGACUACCAGCCCACCGACGCCAACCAGUCCCCACUCAUAAGGAGGAAGAACCCUUUGUGAAGGUGUUCUUCCAAGUUUUGCAGUGCCUCCAUCAUUUGGCAAUCCUUACCCUUCAACAGCAAGGCCAACCAGCAUUUACCUUCAAACGCAAAGUCUCUGAGUUGGAUGGUUUUAUCCGUCCAGCAAUGAAAACAUCAGCUGUCGACGCGAAUAUUAGAUCCUUCAAUCGGACAUGGCUCUGUAAGGUUAUGCAGGUCCUGAUCGACCGUUACCAAACCACACUUCAAGAGAAGCUGACCACCAUUCGUACCAAGUCUUUAUCAUCACCUGCCGUCGACCGGAUCGUUGUAGAUAUGUUUAUCAUGUAA